AUGCUGAUUUACUCUGAAGCUCCAGGCGAAUAUAAGCGGCCAGCUCGUUGGCCACAAGUCAGUGUGGACUGGGCCAGCGUCGGCAGCUUCUACACGGUACUUCCUCCAGCAUCAGAAGCAGAAUCAGCAGACACAACAGCGAUGGCACGGCACGCUGGAGAAUCGGCCUUGGUGGCACUGCUGGUGCUGGCGGCCGCCAUGGCACUUCCAGGCCAGGCAUAUCACCUGCUUUCGUCUGAUGGGAGCGACUCGAGCGUUAUUGAACCUCGCCAUCUCCAGAGGGCACUCGCUUGCGGAGGCAUCACAGCCAGUCCGGGGAGCGAGACCGUCCUCGGGCCAGGACAGACGGUGUGCGUGGCCUCCCCGCGCUACCCCAACAACUACCCCAAGAACUGGGACAACAACUGGACCAUCAAGGGCGCCACGCCGAAUGUGAGGCUGGAAAUCAGCUGCUCGCCCGUGGCCAUCGAGGGCAGUCCGUCCUGCACCAACGACCGCCUCGUCAUCAUGCACAAGUGCUUCUGGAGCAAGUACUGCGGGAAAAAGCGGCCUGAGACCAUCACGACGUGCGGCCCCUGGGCCAGGCUCACCUUCCGGACCAACGGCUCGGCGCAGCAAAAGGGCUUCUACUGCACCGUCACGGCCUCAGAACUAACAACGACUACAGGUUCA